ACUGGGUCACAUGGACCUGCACCAGGUCUUCAGAGGGAAACCCUGCAUUUCUUCACCGAUUCAUGUUUCCACCAUGAGGAUACCUGGAGAGGAUACACCAGUAUAAAAAGAAACUACUUUAUCAUCAUUAAGCUGCAGUGUCUAUUGCUGUGGAACGAGUCACCAUGCUAGAAGUCGGGUGUUGGACCGUUAGACUAUCUGUUCUGCUGCUGCUUUGGUCACAACUCCUGGACAGUCAACAAACAGCAGAUCACAGGAAGGUGCCUCAGACGACAGAGUCUCAACAGGAGUUCAGGGCCGAGUAUGGGGAAAUUCAGGGUGCCUGGGGCACCUGGGGCGCCUGGUCAAGCUGCUCCCGGACAUGUGGGAAAGGAGUACAAGAACAGAUGAGGCCCUGUCUGCCUGUGUACACUCAAUCCCCCCCCAGAGGAGCUGCUGUUCAGCCUCAGCAGCCAGGCCAUGUCAUUUCAGCUUUGAAGCCUGUUGCUUCUACACACCACAAUGGAGUCAGAGCCUUUAACAGCAGCAGCAGGGUAAACCCGAGGAGGGAGAAGCAGAGCAGGCCAGGCGAACGCAGGAGAGUCACUCACAUUGUCCCAGGGAGGUAUGGCUAUGGACGAGCACCUCAUGUUGCUCCACUGCUAGUGGAUUCCAGCCGAGGCUCAGGUUCCCCUCGCCUCCACAGACAGGGACGCUCUGCUGCAGUUAAUUCCCUCCAGCUCGUUGCUAGAGGGCACACCGACCUCAGAUCAAACAAACUGGAUGCCUCCAACAACCUCCAUCGCUUUACCAGACCGUAUGUGCAUCCCAGGACACUACAUCAAAGGAAUAGUCAAGUCUGGGACUCCCUUUACCAGCCUAUUUCAGCUAACCAGGCUGAGGUCCAGGCAGGCAGUCAGACCUCGAGCCACCAGCUGCAUAAAGAGAGACCUUACAGCCCACUGCCUUCUUCCUUCUGCACAGGGGAGCAUGCUCACUACAGGAUCUGCAACAGUAAUGAUUGUCCUCCAUCCAGUGAAGACAUCAGAGCGGUCCAAUGUUCUUCCUACAAUAACCAGCCUUUCAUGGGCAGGCUCUACAAGUGGGAGCCUUUUAAUGAAGUUCCUGGGGGGCAGCACUGUGAACUAAACUGUCGGGCCAUUGGGUUCAGAUUCUACGUGCGACAGUCCGAUAGGGUGAUUGAUGGUACUCCAUGCAGACAGAAUGAAACACAUCUGUGUGUGGCGGGACGGUGUACGGGCCUUGGCUGCGAUGAGUAUCUUGGAUCUGGGAAAGUGGUUGACAAGUGCGGCGUGUGCGGUGGUGACAACACAACCUGCAGGCUGGUCUCAGGAAUGUUCAAACACAGCUUGUCCAAGAUUGGCUACCACAAAAUAGUGGAAAUACCAGAGGGAGCCACAAAGAUCAACGUAACAGAGAUGGUGAAGAGCAGGAAUUACCUUGCUCUUCGAAGCCGUUCAGGAAGAUCCAUUAUAAAUGGAAACUGGGCUAUUGACAGACCAGGGAAAUAUGAGGGUGGGGGUACCAUGUUUACCUACCGCAGACCCAAUGAGAUCAGCAGCAAAGCCGGGGAAUCCUUUCUUGCUGAGGGCCCCACUAAUGAAAUCCUGGAGGUUUAUAUGAUCUUUCAGCAGCCAAACCCUGGGAUUCACUAUGAGUACGUUCUCCCCUCUGAGAACACCGUCAAGCCUCAGCAAACAACCCACACAGAUGAAGGUGGGGGAAGGCAUCAACCACAUCUUCCUAACAACCAGGUACCUGCUGUUGUUCCUCCAAAACAUGACAGGGAGUACAACUGGAUACUGACUGGUACCACAGAAUGCAGCGCCUCCUGUGGAAAAGGUUUCAGGUAUUCAGUCUUUCACUGCGUCCACCGGCUGAAUAAUGUCGAGGUGUCAAAUGCUUUGUGUGAAAGCAGCAGCCACCCAGCUCCACAGGAGGAGGCCUGCAACCUGCAGCCCUGCCCAGCAUUUUGGGACAUUGGAGAGUGGUCGGAGUGCAGCAAGACCUGUGGGCUGGGCAUGCAGCACCGGCAGGUCCCGUGUCGACAGGUUUACGCCAACCGUACCCUUAACGUCCACAUGAGCCGCUGUCGACACUUGGAGCAACCCGAAACAGCCAGUACCUGCCAGCUGAAGAUCUGCAGCGAGUGGCAGAUCCGCUCCGAGUGGACCGCUUGUUCGGUGCCGUGCGGGCUAGGUCAGAGGUCAAGAGAGGUGCGCUGCGUCAGCAACGUGGGCGACUUUGUUCCUGAUCAGGAGUGCAACAUGAAUCUGCGACCCACCAAUAUAGAAAACUGCGAUAUGGGCGCCUGCGCCAAGAGUUGGUUCUACACUGAGUGGGGAAACAGGUGCUCUGCUGAAUGUGGGAUGGGUGUCCAAACCCGUGGAGUUCUUUGCCUGACUAACCACAUCAGCAGCCUCCCUCUGGAGGGAUGUGGCAGUGAGCGGCCUGCAGACUCCCAGGUCUGCAACAAUGGCCCCUGUGACAAUCGUAUCGAGUGGUUCACAGGUCCCUGGAGCCAGUGCUCUGCAGAAUGUGGCACAGGCAGUCAGCAGAGGUCAGUGGUGUGCUUAAUGAAGUCUGAUGAAGGAUUUACCGUCAUGCCACCCUAUGAAUGCUCAUCCUUUGACCAACCGCUCAGUCAGCAGAGCUGCAAUAUAAAGACCUGUGGAGCAAAGUGGUACCACACUGACUGGAGUGCUUGUUCAAAAACAUGCGAGGAAGGUUUCCGCGUGCGGGAGGUGCGCUGUUUGUCAGACGACAUGCUGUCCUCAGAGGCCUGUGAUGAGCAGCUGAGACCAGUAGAGAGGGAGGACUGUAGCCCAGAGCCCUGCAUACCUCAGAUAGAUCUGAACUGCAGAGACAAGUACUUCAACUGCAAUGUGGUAUUCCAGGCUCGCCUCUGUGUGUACGAUUAUUACCAAACAGCGUGCUGUGCUUCAUGUUCACGCAUGGCACACAAACAGAAAACCCAUCGAGGUCGCAGCUAGCACCAACUUCCUUUGGACCCUCAUUCACGCCAACUAAAGGUUCUCUUACCCUGAGCCUACCUAUUGUCAGACAGGACCCUCGAUAAAGUUAACAGGGAUGAAAACCUGAGAAGGAACAUUUGUGUUGGAUCUUUUACAGGUAGAUGUUGGGGCAGCCGAUUCAUGUCACAGGAAAAAAUCAUGUGUGACAUGAAUCCAGGCGCUGGAAGUAACAAGCAUUGUCUUUAUGAAAGAGAGCCACAACAAACAGUGGAAUCCAAAGAAUUUGAUGGAUCCUUUUUCUUCAGUUUGAGAUGAGGAGUUUGCAGCUGGCUCUUGGGGCAUCACUUGUCCAGAGAAGACUGCCAGCAAACCCUCUGUUGAGGAUAUAUUGUAGCAAAGUGGAUUCAGCCCAGCAGUUUAACAUCCACUAUAAACCAAAGUCGGCUCAUUAAACUGAGAACAGCACAAUAACAACUUUUUCAUAAAUAAAUGCAGUGCAUUAAAACCUC